CCUUGCGUCAUCUCCUUUUUGGCUGCCAAAAGCAGAGUCAAGUCAUGACCACAAAUUCACUCACAAUCAAAAAUGAACCCGUUUAAAAACAAGAGGUUCGCGUGGAAAUCUUGAACGACGCGCAGAGGUUACGCUGUAGUGACCAUGAUUCUUUCAAACCUCUCCCUCCAGUCCAUCUUCUGCUGCUGCUGUGCCAGAGGAAUGAACAGGGAGAGAGAUUGUCGGAGGGAACAGGUCACGUCCUGUUACCGCUCACAGAAACACCCAGGAGGCGCCUGUAGGUCGGAAAGAUCGCGGAGGAAGCUGCCCUCCCCCCCCCCGGAGAACGACGAGGGAGCCAAAGUCCACGUGGUGGCCAUGUACGACUUCACAGCCACGGAGGAGACAGACCUGACGCUGAAGCAGGGGGAGGAGUACACCAUCCUGCACAAGCAGGACCAUCUGUGGUGGAGGGCCCAGGACAGGCACGGGAACAAAGGCUUUAUCCCCAGCAAUUACGUGACAGAGAAGGAUACAAUGGAGGUUCACGAGUGGUACUGCAAGAACAUCACCAGAUCAAAGGCAGAACAGCUACUGAGACAGGAGGCAAAGGAAGGUGGGUACAUAGUGAGAGACUCCAGCCAGCAGGGCAGCUACACGGUGUCUGUAUUCACCAAGGCUUUGGGCUCUAAAGAUGGUGUCAUUAGACAUUAUCAAAUCAAACGCGAUGACUCAGGGAUGUUCUUCUUGGCAGAGAAGCAUGUCUUCAGCUCCAUACCCGAGGUCAUUCAUUAUCAUAAUCACAACGCAGCAGGUUUGGUGACACGGCUACGGUACGCUGUUGGGCCGAUGGGGAAAUGUGUCCCAGCAACUGCAGGAUUCAGCUAUGAAAAGUGGGAGAUAAACCCUUCGGAGCUGUCCGUCAUGAAGGAGCUGGGCAGCGGGCAGUUCGGGGUGGUGCGUCUGGGAAAAUGGCGGACGCUGUGCAAAGUGGCCAUCAAGAUCAUCAACGAGGGAUCCAUGUCCGAGGAGGACUUCAUCGAGGAGGCCAAAGUCAUGACGCGGCUGUGCCACCCGAAGCUGGUGCAGCUGUACGGGGUGUGCAUGAAGCAGAGGCCCAUCUGCAUCGUGACGGAGUUCAUGGAAAAUGGCUGCCUGCUGAACUUCCUGCGGCAGAGAAACGGAAGCCUGAGUAGGGAGUGGCUGCUGGCCAUGUGCCAGGAUGCCUGCGAGGGGAUGCAGUACCUGGAGGAGAGCGGCUUCAUACACAGAGACCUGGCUGCCAGAAAUUGCUUAGUCAGCGACAAGAAUGUGGUCAAAGUGUGUGACUUUGGAAUGACCAGGUACGUGCUGGACAACCAGUACACCAGCUCCACGGGGUCCAUGUUUCCCGUCAAAUGGUCACCACCGGAAGUCCUGCACUUCAACAAAUACAGCAGCAAAUCAGAUGUGUGGUCAUUUGGCGUCCUGAUGUGGGAGAUCUUUACGGAAGGACGGACUCCGUUUGAGAACAAGUCAAACCCGGAGGUCGUGGAGGAGAUCACACAGGGCAACAGGCUGUACCAGCCUUACAAAGCUUCCCAUAAGGUGUACCAGCUCAUGUACCGGUGCUGGCAUGAGAGGCCGCAGGGAAGACCGAGUUUCUCCGAGCUGCUGGAGAACAUUAAGCAGAUUGCGGAGAUGGGCUAGACGUGGAUGUGGGCAUUGAACAGGAUGUAUGUAUAUGACAAUACUGACAGCAAUACAUUAUAUACUUUUAUUAUCGUUUCAUAUUAAAGUAUUUAUUUUUCUGA